AUGAUAGGGAUUUUCAUUGCAGAUAAUGAGCACGAGGACAAACAUCAGCGAUCUUUCCGUCCAGUGGUAGAUAUUCCUCCGGUGGUCCUUGCGGUGUUUAUUAUAACCAUCAACACCAUGGUACUAGUUUUGAUGGCAAAGAAAAACUAUCUCCGAUCGAUCACAAAUCUACUGCUAUGUAGCCUGGCUGUGUCUGACUUGAUUACAGGCCUGGUUGCUGUGCCGAUGUUUCUCAUGUGCAACCUUCACAUCCAAUCAGCCACGUGCAUUACGGAGGAAAUGGCGGCCCGCUUCAUAAGUACUUUGAUUGUGUGUCAUUUGAUGGCCGUAACAACUGACAGAUACCUGGCCAUCAUUCAUCCUCUACGGUAUUCCACGCUGGUCACCAAGCCCAGGUGUGUUAUGGUUAUUCUCUUUAUAUGGCUGUUGUCAGCGGUUACUUCAUUGCUACAGUUUACUUGGUACGACCCAGUCCAUCACGACCCUUACGAGGAGGAGUCAGAUCAGAUCAGGAAGAAAGAACUGAUCUACGACAUUGCCUUUCUUACAUUGUACUUCUUCUUUCCUGUCGUUGCCAUGCUUUUCUCUUAUGUCAGAAUCAUCUUUGAGAUCAUCCGUCAAAGCCGAAAUAUUCAACAGCACAGUACGCCAGGCGUAAAUGCCGGAAGAAACAGAAACCGCCACGAAUGGAAAGCCAUUGCAAUCUUCGCUGCCAUGACACUUCUUUAUGUAAUUUGCUGGUUACCUUACUUUGGUCUUCGAAGGCUCAACUUAUCCGAGCUGCCAUUGCUGUUAAUCUACUGCAUCCUCUGGCUGAGAUACCUGGCGUCGUUUUUAAACCCUUGUAUGUACAUAUUUGGCAAACAGGAUUUCCGAAGAGCUGCAUUUGAACAUUUUCGUCAUCUGUGUAACAUCAAACUGGACCUGAAUUUUAUUUCCACUUCUAAGUCCAACAUUUUGAAGGCAACCUUGGCAACAUCCGGUGGUAAAAGUGAAAAAAUCAACAUGAAGUCCUUCGCUAAAGUAAGCACCAAGAAUUGAAGAAUAACUCCAGGAUCUAACAAAGCAGUAGCUUCGAAGUACUUCUUUCAAAUGCUUCAGCGUUUAAUGCUCAGCUUAACACCGUCCGGUGGUUUGUUCAAACUAUGCUAAAUUUUUAGUAAUGAGAGUUAGUGUCUCACUGUAGGCAGAAAAUUCAAAGUAGUUUCGAGAGGGUACAAUUCUCAAGGUCACCCUUGAAUCAAAUGUUAAGAUCAAGAGAAUGAUGGGAAUGAUCUCCGACUUAAUGGAAUUACGGAAGCUCCUGCUCGUCAAACAAAUUCUCCUUGUCAUUGCCACAGGAAAUGUAUAGAGAUUAAUGU